UUUACUAUAUAAGCUCAAAAUAAAUAAUUUCUGUCAUAUUUACUACCUCGUUUCUACUGAAGAGUACUGAGAGAGUACAGUUUGACUUUAAAUCUAUAUUGUGUUCAUACAAGUGUUUAUUAGCAGUGUGUGAUUAAGAAGUGUCGUGUGAUAAGCAAUGGAGAAUAUAUCGUACUCCCCUUGCAAUAGUCAAGAAAACAAUACAUAUAAGCAAUAUUACUUUCCUGCGAAUUUGGUAGAAGAAGAAACACAAAAUUUGCUCAUAGAUCAUGAAAUGCCAUCAAAGAAAAUGAAAAGGAAAUCUGAAAAUAUAGACAUUUUUUUCGAGUCAUCCCCAAAAAAUAAAAACAAAACUAGUUCAACAGUGGCUCGAGCUAACAAAGAUGGCAGUAUAUCGUAUAUAUCUACGAACUCCAACGAUGGUGCGACAGCCACACAUCUCAUUAAAUUAGAGGUGUAUGACCUAAAAAAACUAGCCAAAAUACCUCAGUCUCAACACUGGAAACAUGCUAAUGUAAAAAUCAAAUAUUAUACAGAAAAGGCUAAUGGAAAUUUUGCGAACACGAAUGAGAUAAUUUAUAAUAUUACAAAAGAAAUCGCAGAAACAGAGGGUUGUAAAAAAUACUCAUUUAAUAAUUAAUAACUUAAUCUAUCAUUAGUAAACUACCUCACAUAAAUACUUCACCAUAAUUUAAUUUGUGAGAUUAAUUCGACGUAACACUUAUACAAGCAGUAUAAAAACACAUUGUAAAUCCUAUAGUAAUGUCAGUAAGCCACCUGGUGCUGUUAAUGAAUAAGUCUCCCUCUGUAGUCUUAUAAA